AUGGCUAAAGCUAAAACUUUUUGUGGUCCAUUGAACUCGGAAGUUAAUGCUAUCGCUACAAACGACGCUACCGAUGCCCGGGGCACGAAAGCCAAUCCUAUCGUCAUAAAAGAGGAUAGUGAGGGCUCGGAAACCAACCCUAUCGUUAUAAACGACGAUGCCGACACCUUAGGCAAGCAGGAAAUCCCAGUGCAGUAUGACCCUACCAGGGAUACGGAGCCUUUAGGUACGCCAGAAUUUUGGGCAAUUUUAGGCAAUUUGGGCAACCAGGGCUUCCACGUUCCAAAGACCAAAAUCGUGGUGGCGGAUGUUACUUCUGACUUGCCAUCAUCCCAAUCGGUCCACGGUCAAAUCUCCGAUUACACUUGUUCCCCUGAGUCUGAGUCCCUUCUCCUCGACCAUAUAGAGGAAGAAGGAUCCGAAGUCGCCAAGUCUGAUAAUGACAAAGAAACUCCACCGAACAAGGAUGAGAGCUGUUGUCGGAUAGCAGAAAUCAACACGAUAUCUUGUGGGAAACCCAACCUUUCGUUGUCUAGUCAAGAGAAUAAGUCAGAACCACCUAUUCAGAAUAGCCAGACCGAUGAUGACAAUCCGCCCCAUACACAAAGAUCCGGUCAACGCAAAAGGGGCCACGAAGAGGAGAAAAAUGCUGGGAACAGGCGAUCAAAGCGCCUAGCGAACAAAGGGAAAUUACGGGAACUUUAG